AAGAGAGUUCAGCUGUAGAGGAGGAGAUUGUGAGUUGUGAUGUUAUUUAUGCUUGGACCAAUUCUGAAUAAAUUCACUCUGGACCAAAGAGAGAAACUUUAGACUCUUCUGUGUUUCAUAUGAAUCACUCAGACUCCUCGCGCAUGCUGAAAACUUCAACACUGAACGACUUAAUUCAUUCACUCGGAUGCUGAUGAACUAAAGGUGCAUGAUGGAUUUAAUUGAAGUGUUAGUAGAUUUCAGCCGGCUGACAUUACGGAGCGCUUUGCUGUCACUGCUGGCGUGUUUGAUGGUGAUGUUCUGGCGUCGCUCGGGUCCGAUACCGGGUCCCUUCCCGUGGCCCAUCAUCGGUAACGCCGCUCAGCUCGGUACCUCACCUCACUUCUUCUUCACCCGUAUGGCUAAGAAAUACGGCGACGUGUUCCAGAUCAAACUGGGCAGCCGAACCGUAGUGGUCCUGAACGGGGACGCGGUCAAAGAGGCUUUGAUUAAGAAGUCCGUGGAUUUCGCCGGACGCCCGGAUUUUGCGUCGUUCUCAUUUGUCUCCGGUGGUCGGAGCAUGGCGUUCGGCAACUACAGCCAGUGGUGGAAGCUACAUCGGAAGAUCGCGCAGAGCACCGUGAGGACCUUCUCCACGGCCAACAUCCAAACCAAACAGACCUUUGAGAAGCACGUCGUGUCUGAGGUUGGGCAGCUGAUCCAUUUGUUUCUGAAUAAAACCCGAGAGCAGAAAUACUUCGAACCGCACAGUUUCCUGGUGGUCUCUGUGGCGAACACCAUGAGCGCAGUGUGCUUCGGGAAUCGGUACUCGUACGAUGAUGCGGAGUUCAAGCAGGUGGUCGGGAGGAACGAUCAGUUCACUAGGACAGUCGGAGCGGGAAGCAUGGUAGAUGUGAUGCCAUGGUUGCAGUACUUUCCAAAUCCAAUAAAAACUCUCUUUGUGCAGUUUAAAGAACUUAAUCAUGAGUUCAUGAAUUUUAUACACGGCAAAGUGGUCGAGCAUCGUAAGACGAUUUCAUCGAGUCUCACCCGUGAUAUGACCGAUGCGUUCAUCUUUGCUCUGGACAAAGGGCUGGCCGGGGGCCACGGGGUCUCUACGGAUAAAGAGUUUGUGACACCGACCAUUGGAGACAUUUUUGGGGCUAGUCAAGAUACUUUAUCUACAGCUCUGCAGUGGGCCAUUCUGUUACUCGUUAGGUAUCCAAAAGUUCAGAAACGUCUUCAGGAGGAGGUCGACAGAGUUGCAGAUCGCAGUCGCCUUCCAACCAUCGAAGACCAGGCUCAGCUUCCGUACGUCAUGGCCUUCAUCUACGAAUUCAUGAGAUUUACUUCAUUCACCCCUUUAACGAUUCCCCAUAGCACGACUACGGACACGUCCAUCAAUGGUUAUCCUAUCCCCAAAGACACUGUCAUUUUUGUCAACCAGUGGUCUUUGAACCACGAUCCAAACAAAUGGGACGAGCCAGAGGUAUUCAAUCCAGAGCGCUUUCUGGAUGAGGACGGAGCUCUUAACAAAGACUUAACGUCCAACGUGCUGAUAUUUUCGGUGGGGAAGCGCAGGUGCAUUGGAGAAGAUAUGUCCAAAAUACUGCUUUUCCUCUUUACCUCCUUGCUGGUCCAUCAGUGCAAUUUUACAGCUGAAGGAACUCCCAGCAUGGACUAUGUGUACGGGCUCACGCUUAAACCAAAACCAUUUAAAGUGGCCGUCACACUGCGUGACAGUGCAGAACUUCUGAAGAGUUUGGUAGAAACGUCUGAAACGCCUAUAGCGAAAAAGCAAAGCGUUUGAAGUGAAAUCAAAGCACAUGUAUAAAGUUGCGAAAACUUUGCCGAAUGAAGGUGGCAAAGUAAACAAAGACUGAGGAACAUUUUGUUGAAUGCUAGCAAGUGUGAAUAAAUAUCGAUAUAUUUAAAGACGUCAUACUCAGGCAUAACACAUUCAUUUGAAAUGUCAAUAAAUAAUGCACUGAUUUAUUUUAUAUUCUGCAAGGGUAGAAAAAAGCAAAACACAGAACAGGUCCAGUCAAUCCUCACUGAUAUUGUAUAGUAGUUUACUUUAUUUAGACAAAUGAAAGCUUUUCUGUUUAAGUAUUGAGACAUUUAUGUGCAUAGCAACAUAACUAAAUCUUAUAAUCAUUAUUAAUGCUUGUAACAGGACUGCAGUAAACUAAGUCUCAGUUUGAGGAGGUUUGCCUUCAUAAAGCUUUGAUAAAAUGUCUUUGUCACAAAAAACAUGUUUAAUGAGGUUAUAAGAGUUCUUAUUGAAGGUUGUGCGGUUAUGUGCGGAUGAGCCGAUAUUCAACAGCACUUGGAUGUGUUACAUUUAUUUGUAAUAAUAAAUACGCAAUAAUUUACGCACAUUUGAAAAUGAAACAGGAUUGAUUUUGACUUAAAAAUACAGUGAUAAAUAUUUCACUGUGCUAUUUUUGUAAUGUUUUGUUAUGACUAUUGAGCUCAAAGAUUCUGUUAGUUUAGUUGUUGUUGAGGGUACUUUAGUUCAUGGGCUGCAUUGUCUAUGUCAUAUAUAAGGCUCAUAAAAUGAGAAAUUUGUACAGUAUAAUAUUACAGCACUUUACACAUUGUCGUUCUUAAUCAUUGUGUUCCUUGAUAGUGUUUCCGGAUUUUCAAUUCAGCAUUUUGUUGAAGUCUGUGCCCUGUCAUUAUCGACUUCCUAGCAUUAAUCUAGGAUUAACAAACACAGUUCGCUGAGUUUUCUUUAUCUCCCUUCCAAUUGAACAUUAUCAGGAGAAUCACAUGAUGUUUUAGCGGAAGACAUUGUGCUUUCUUAUACCUACUUUAGUCAAACUAUUCUGCAUAAAUAAAUCUUUUUAUUUUUUGUU